AAUAAGUAAACGAAGUAAUAAACAAGUAAAUGUAGAAGAAAGAAAAGGAUCAGGGAAUAAAGAAGUCAUCCAGCGGAAGAAGAGAACAAUGAGUGACGAUGGUCCAAAACUAAAGCACAGCUGAAACAAUUCAACAAAGCCAAAGAUUUCUCAUCUCACCCAUCAAUGGAUACUCCCGCAGCUCCUCCUCCUCCUCCUCCUCCUCCUCCUGAGCCUCCGAAGGUGCCCUAUGCCAGACGCUACAAGUUCUUGUGGCCACUUCUCUUAACUGUAAAUCUUGGUGUGGGAGCUUAUCUAUUUAUGAGGACAAAAAAGAAGGAUAUGGUAAUAGACAAUGACAAAGCUGUAGUCGAUGUCCCGUCUACUCCAACUGAAAGUAAAACUACAGUUACCGAAAUAUCAUCACCCACUCCAGUGAAAGUAGAGCCACCAAAGGUGCGCCCACCUAUCCCGCAGGACCAGCAGCGUGAACUGUUCAAGUGGAUAUUAGAAGAGAAAAGGAAAAUCAAGCCCAAGGAUAAGGAGGAGAAGAAACGGAUUGAUGAAGAGAAGGCCAUUCUCAAACAAUUUAUUCGAUCAAAGUCCAUCCCAAGUCUCUAAGUCAGAAACUUGCAUUCUGGUUUGAAAAUUUAAGGAUUUAUCAGAUUUGAUUUUCUUUAUCUUUUGUUUGUUCUAGCCUGAUUCUUGAUUUUUAUUUCUUGUGUAGUAUCAACCAUCAAAUGCUUCACCCUCUUUAUCAACAAGUUUGUAUUUUGGAUGAAAUCCUAUAGAAUGCUUAAAUUUUUUUCUGUA